GCCGCCGCCUCCGACGCGGGGCCCGAGCUGCGUCGGACCUCCAGCAUCGACCGCAUCCCGGCGGAGGCGCGCCGCAUCCUGCACCGCCUCGCCGGCGAGCUCUGGGGCGCCGACGUCGACCCCGCCGCGCUCGUCGUGUCGCAGCUUCAGGGCGCCCUCACCAACGAGGUCUUCCGCAUCACCUGGCCCGGCGGCGAGGGCGACCCGCGCAAGGUGCUCGUGCGCAUCUACGGCCAGGGCGUCGAGGUCUUCUUCGACCGCGCCGACGAAGUCCGCACCUUCGAGUGCAUGUCCCGCCACGGCCAGGGCCCCCGCCUCCUCGGCCGCUUCCCCCAGGGCCGCGUCGAGGAGUUCAUCAACGCCAGGACGCUCUCGGCGCCGGAUCUGCGCGACCCGGAGAUUUCCAGCCUGAUUGCCAGGAAGCUGCGGGAGUUUCACGAGCUCGACAUGCCUGGAUCCAAGGACAUCUCACUGUGGCAGAGGCUGAGGCGGUGGCUUGAGGAAGCUCGCAGCAGGUGCUCGGCUGAGGAGGCUAGGCAAUUCCGGUUGGAGGCGCUCGGCGAUGAGAUUGCGGAGCUGGAGAAUGCAUUGUCCGGGGUCGAUCAGAGAGUAGUGUUUUGCCAUAAUGAUUUGCAGUAUGGGAACAUCAUGAUAUAUGAAGAGACCAGACAAGUGACCUUGAUUGACUAUGAGUACGCAAGUUUUAACCCUGUUGCGUUCGACAUUGCCAAUCAUUUCUGUGAGAUGGCUGCUGAUUAUCAUAGCAAUACACCGCACGUGAUGGAUUUCACCAAGUAUCCUGACAUGGAUGAACAGUGGAGGUUUCUUGAGGCUUACCUUAGUUCUUCAGGUGAAGAACCAUCCGAUGCAGAAGUCGAAACAUUACUUGGCCUGAUUGCAAAAUACAGUCUCUCAAGCCAUCUCUUCUGGGGUCUCUGGGGAAUAGUCUCGGAGCAUGUGAACAAGAACAUCGACUUCGAGUACAAGGAGUACGCGAGGCACCGGUUCAACCAGUACUGGGACACGAAGCCGAGAAUACUGCAAGCCUGCAAUCCAAGUAGCUGAUCAUGCGCAUGGCAUGUUCUUUUCUUCUAGAAUCGUAGCCUGUUAAGAGACCUGUGAAUCUUGUUUAUCAGUCAAUUUUGACUGUGUUCUUCUGUAAUUAAUCCUGCACAGAAUAGUCGAUUCCACGGUUUACACAAGCUUCUUUCCGUGUCAA